UUCAUCUAACAUGGCAGCAGUUAAAGAGGUUCAAGAGACCACCGCCGUGCGCCUGGGCGCCCUUCUGGACGCUGGUGAUGGCGCCACGGUAACGCUGGUGGCUGGGGAGACGCGGCUGGUGGCACACAGGGCCGUACUGGUCUCCAGGAGCCCCGUGUUCCAGGCAAUGUUCCAGUAUGACACGCUGGAGGCCAGCAGCGGGCAGGUCAUCAUCACAGACGUGGAGGGCGAGGUGAUGAGGGAGCUGCUGGACUACAUGUACACCCUCCAGGCUCCCCAGCUGUCCGCCAUGACUCCGCAGAUGCUGGCGGCAGCUGAUAAGUACGGCUUGUUGGCCCUGAAGACUGUCUGUGAGCAGCAGGUGUCCGCUCAGCUGACCAUUGACAACGCGGCAGCUGCAGCUGUGCUGGCAGUGAGGCACUCGUGCCCAGGCCUUACUGCGGCCGCCAUCGCCUUCAUAAAGGCCCACAACUGUCAGGUGAUGGCCACCCAGGGCUGGGCGGAUGCGAUGCAGAACCAUCUCGAAGAUGUGAUAGAAGUGACUAGACUGCUUGCUGAUCCACCAGCAGAAACGACUGCGCCAAUCAGUACAGGUGGCAGGUCCACACCUGGAACUCACCACCAGCCCCACAGUGACCACGGCUGGACUCUUGCCUCAGCUGCACCGGCCAUAGCUGCCCACAACACAGACCCGUUUUUCCACAUCAUCGUUGCUCUCUUGCGGAGACUUCCUAUACAAGACAGACUCGAUAUGCUGACCUGGGCAGUUAUGUAUGGGAGAGUGGAGGACCUGAGAGCUCUGGCAGCAGCUGGAGUAGUGGAGGAGCAGAUUCGUGGUCUCGUGUUGGGACAGACUGCACUGCACACGGCAGCAAGCGGGGGACAUGUGGAGGCGGUGAGAAGUCUGCUAGACGCCAGAGCGCCGGUGGACUUCCAGGAUGUUGACUACCAAACGCCUCUGCACCUUGCUGCAAGGAAUGGCCACACAGCUGUGGUGCAGCUGCUGCUGACAUCUGCAGAUUGCAACGCCACAAAGAGUGGUGUGGAUACGCCGCUGCACCUUGCAGUACGUGAGGGCCAUGCCGACGUGGCGGCUGUACUUCUCCAGGCUGGAGCUGACAGGGGAGCGAGGAAUGAGGCGGGCAGCACCCCUUUGGACCUCGCCAGGCAGGCAAACAACCAGCAGCUGAUAGACAUGUUAACAUAAAGCUGGCAGUCUUGUCUACAUCUGUAGAGGAAAGCAACACUUCAACUCAAAAUUUUUUGGGUUUUGAAAAUAAAGAAUACAGAAAGCUAAUGCUACCACCAUUCACCUGCCCUGCCAUCACCAUAUUGUUGAGGAAGAUCAAGCAAAGUGACCAGAGAGUGACAACUGGCUAUUGCAAAUUUUUUGCCUGAACAGUGCUGCUACGUGCUGAGAAGUGGUCAGACCGGUU